AUGAGGUACAGAGAAGCCCUAGGCAGUGCCUCUUGCCCCAAUUGCGGUGGCCCGAUAGCUAUCGGAGGGAUGUCAUUCGACGAGGCAGAGAAGCAACUGAUAAUCGAGAUUGCAGUGGCAGCCAUGGAAGAGCUAAUCAAAAUGGCUCAAAUGGGUGAACCCUUGUGGAUGCCCAGCCUUGAUGGCAACACCAAUGUGUUCAAUGAAGACGAGUACAUCAGAACAUUCCCUCGUGUUGCUCCAAAACCAAACAAUCAUUUCAAAUGUGAAGCUUCGCGCGAGAGCCCUGUUGUUAUCAUGAACCACAUCAACCUUGUUGAGAUUCUCAUGGAUGGGAAUCAGUGGUCGACUGUGUUUUCUGGGAUUGUGUCAAGAGUUAUGACUCUAGAAGUGCUGUCAACUGGAGUGGCUGGAAAUUACAAUGGAGCCUUGCAAGCGAUGACUGCAGAAUUUCAAGUACCCUCACCGCUUGUUCCAACUCGUGAGAGUUAUUAUGUGAGGUACUGCAAACAGCAAGCUGAUGGCACUUGGGUUGUGGUUGAUGACUCCUUGGACACUCUGCGCCCUAAUCCUGCACCAAGGUCAUGCCAAAGAAGGCCCUCUGGAUGUCUCAUCCAAGAAAUGCCAAAUGGAUACUCAAAGGUUACAUGGGUUGAGCAUGUCAAUGUGGAUGAACUUGGUGUUCACAAUCUGUACAAGCAGCUGGUUAACUCUGGCAACGCAUUUGGGGCGAAACAAUGGGUCGCUACCUUGGACCGCCAAUGUGAACGUCUUGCCAGUUCCCUGGCAUCAAACAUCCCUACUGGUGAUGUUGGUGUGAUUACAAAUCAAGAAGGCAGAAAAAGCAUUUUAAAAUUGGCUAAAAGGAUGGUCAUAAGCUUCUAUGCUGGAGUAAGCGCAUCAACCACUCACACAUGGACAACACUGUCUAGGACCGGGGCUGAUGAUGUUCGGGUGAUGACCCGAAAGAGCGUGGAUGAUCCUAGCAGGCCUCCCGGUAUUGUGCUUAGCGCCGCCACAUCUUUCUGGCUUCCAGUUCCUCCCAAAAGGGUAUUUGAAUUCCUCCGUGAUGAGAACUCUCGUAAUGAGUGGGACAUUCUUUCCAAUGGUGUAAUUGUUCAAGAAAUGGUACACAUUACUAAUGGUCGUGACACUGGAAAUUGCGUGUCUAGUGCGAAUUCAAGCCAGAGCAACAUGCUGAUACUGCAAGAGAGCUGCACAGACCAAACAGCUUCUUUUGUGAUUUAUGUUCCAGUGGACAUUGUUGCCAUGAAUGUGGUACUAAAUGGGAGUGACCCUGACUAUGUUGCUCUUCUUCCUUCUGGCUUUGCCAUCCUUCCAGAUGAAGGAGGCAUGGGGGAUUCUGGCUCUGGUGGUUCCCUUCUCACUGUUGCCUUUCAAAUUUUGGUUGAUUCUGCCCCGACCGCCAAGCUCUCUCUCGGGUCGGUGGCAACGCCAAUUUUCCUUGUGUACUCCAACCUGACAUAUAAGCAUAUGCAGGAUAGUCGUUGA